CUCCCUCACUCCUCUUCUUCCCUAAUACCCUUCCAAAUGCAUUGAGAAGGCACAAAACUCCAAUAUCGCACUUACAACUCUACAAGUAAAAAAAGCAGACAACGAAGAUAUGGGCAGUCUUUUACAACCUUCCAACUUCCUCCUCCUCUUCCUUUUGCUGUGCAUGAUGGUAAUCUAUUUCUUAACAAAAGGAGUUGAAAAGGGUGAAGAUAAUUUUUUUCUUAACCAUGUUCAUGUUCAUGAUGAUGAUCAACAUAUGCACGCCCAUACAUCAUCAUCAUCAUCAUCAUCAUCUCACAUGGAACUAUCAUGGAACAUCUUCUUUCACAAAGAUGACCUUAAACUUGGUAAAAAAAUCCCAUUAUAUUUUCCCAUAAAGAAUUCAUCUUUUACUCCUCAUAUGAUUUCUAAACAAGAAUCAAAUUCAAUCCCCUUUUCAUCAACUCAACUUAACAAAAUCCUUGAAUUUUUCUCAUUUCCUAAAGAUUCACCUCAAGCCAAAGCCAUACAACAUACCCUUACACAUUGUGAACUCCCUCCUUUAAAAGGGGAGACCAAGUUUUGUGCCACCUCUCUAGAGUCUAUGCUUGAUAAUUUACGCCAAAUCUUCGGAUUAGGCGUAAAUUUCGAGGUUUUAACCACUACUCCAAUGAAAAAUUUGAUCCCUAAUUUGCAAAAUUAUACCAUAUUGGAAGUUCCUAAGGAGAUUAUUGCUACUAAGAUGGUUGGUUGUCACCCUGUGCCUUACCCUUAUGCGGUGUACUAUUGUCAUGGGCAAGUGAGUGACAAUAAGUUGUUUGUGGUCUCACUUGAGGGUCAGGAUGAUGGGCAGAGAGUUGAAGCUGUUGCAAUUUGCCACAUGGAUACAUCUCAGUGGGACCCACAUCAUGUCUCGUUUCGCGUGCUUGGGUUCGAGCCCGGGGCUGCUCCUGUGUGCCACGUGUUCCCUCGGGAUAAUCUAGUAUGGGUUUUGUCAUCCCCUAGUUCUGCUACUUAAGAGUGUAGUGUAAGUGUAGUGUGUGAAAUCAAGGUUAAGAUUAUGAGCAUCUGGUUAAGUAAUGUUGUUUGAUGUUAUCCUUGUAAAUCUUGUUUUGUGGCUGUUUAAGUUAAGUUAUAUGCUUUACAUUUGUAAGGAUCACAAGGGCAUACUUCAUGUUUGGCUUAGGCCUAAAUUGUUAAAACAUGCAAUGCGUUCUUGAAAAGAUAUUAAUGUGAGGCUAAAAGCUUGCGUAUCU